AUGCACCAAGAUGUAUUGAGUAGUCGAGUUCAGUCAUAUGAUGGCAUACCAGCAUGGUUAUAUGAUAAGUUUCCAGCUCCAGCGCAUGCAUAUCCUUGGCCAUUGAACUCGGCACCACCAGUUGGAGAUUGGUUCUUUGGGUAUAUAACAGAAGCAUGUUCGCAUGGAUUUCAAUGUUUGUAUGACAAUGUGUCAGGUGCUGUAGAAUCAAUGAGCAAAUUCUGGCGAUUAGUGGCUAAAACGUUUGGAGGAUAUUCAAAUGUGCUAGGAUACGAAUUGAUUAAUGAACCUUGGGCUGGAAACUACAUUGCCAACCCAUUUUUGAUAUUGCCUGGUAUCGCGGGUUCGACGAAUUUGCAACCACUCUAUGAUAAAUUAGCUAAAGCUAUUCGAUCAGUAGACAAAAAGACGUUGAUUUUCUAUGAACCAGUAACAUGGGGAGUUCGAUUGAAUGGUAAAUACGUUGGUACAGGAUUUACUCAUGUACCAGGUGGUGACUCCUAUCGUGACCGCAGUGUUUUGUCCUAUCAUUAUUAUUGCAUUGUCUUGUCACUCGAUCCCGUUCCAGGCAAUGGUACCAUACCUAUUUUUGAACGUGUUCUCUGUGAUGAUAUCGAAGGACCGGCUGUCUUUGAAUCUGUUCGAGUUGAUCUCCUUCGGUUAGGUGGCUCAGCAUUUCUGACUGAAUUCGGUGGAUGUGAUGACUCACCCACAUGCGACGAACAACUUCGGUGGGCUCUAGGUGCAGCGGAUGAAUUUUAUCAAUCGUGGGCCUAUUGGGGGGCUGUUCGCGAUCAAAAAACUACCAUCGAUCGGCUGGCACGAGUGCUUACUUUUGAUGCAUUCGAUAUCAAUAAGGAUGGUACAGUAAGCUUUGAUGAAUUUCUUAUAGCCUAUUCAGCUGCAAGAAAUGGUAACCUUGAUGAUCGUCUUGAUCUUGUUUUUCGUGUAUAUGAUAUUUCGGAUGAUGGAUUUAUUGAUGAAGAAGAAUUAACAAAAUUGAUUGUUGCUUUGUAUGAUCUUGUUGGUAAAACUAAUCGUAAAGGUGAUCAUGAUCCAAAAAGGCGUGCCGCACAGAUUAUGGCAAAACUGGAUGCUAAUGGUGAUAAAAAAUUAACGAAAGCAGAAUUCGUUAGCGGAUGUAAAGCUGAUCCAUUUCUUCGACGAUUACUUGAUCCGAACAGCUAA